UUAAUUCCAUGGAGUCUCACAAUCCCAGCUCAUCUACAGGCAUACAUGAAUGAAAGAGCUUAUAACUAGGCCACAACGGGAAAGAGAGGGCAAACAGAGAGAGGUUGAAGAAAAGGAGAGAACAUACCUAUCAAUGGCGAACGCCAAGUAUGAAGAACCUUUGAGUCCUGCAGCUCAGUUAUUUCAUUCGCCCAGCUUCAACUGCUAUAUUGUCGCGAUUAUUGGGACCAGAACUAGACUAGAUCCAGUUGUUAUCAAACAAGGAUUGAUGAAGACUUUGAUCAAUCACCCUCGUUUCUCCAGCAAGCUGGUAACACAAGGAAGGAAGAUGAGGUGGGCUCGAACAACAGUAAAUGUUGACAACCAUGUGAUUAUUCCAGAUUUAGAUGCAGAGUUGGAAAAUCCUAAAAAUUUUGUUGAAGACUACAUCUCCCAUAUGACAACACAGCCUCUGGAUCUCUCAAAGCCCUUAUGGGAACUUCACCUCCUCAAUGUCAAAACUUCGGAGGCAGAAGCCGUUGGAGUUCUCCGGAUUCACCACUCGAUCGGAGAUGGGGCGUCUCUCAUUUCUCUUCUGCUUGCAUGCACCAGAAAAACUAGGGACCCUGAAGCGUUGCCGAGUGUUCCGGUGCAGAAAAAUGAAGGCCCAGGUGGCCGUGCGAAGGGGGUUUGGUGGGUGUUUUUGGCAAUAUGGUCAGGGAUAAUGUUGAUAUGGAAUAGUGUUGUGGAUUUGAUUAUGUUUUCGGCAACAACUUUGUUUUUGAAAGAUACAAAAACUCCUCUGAAAGGUGAUGGCCCUGGAAAUGAGCACGCUCCCAAGCGGUUUGUUCACAGAACAUUGGAUUUGGAGGACAUUAAGCUUGUCAAGAAUGCAAUGAACAUGACCGUCAACGAUGUUCUAUUGGGAGUGACUCAAGCUGCCCUCUCGCGGUACCUCGAUCGAAUUGACUCUAAAACUGAUCAAGAUGGAGGACAGAAGUCAAGUAAUCAUCCAAGAAACAUCCGCCUCAGGGCAUCUGCUCUCGUCAACCUCAGACCAACUACAGGGAUCCAGGCUUUAGCUGAAAUGAUGGAGAAGGGAUCCAAGUGCAGGUGGGGAAAUAAGAUCGGAUAUGUUCUUCUUCCCUUCAAAAUAGGCUUGCAAAAUGACCCAUUGAAUUAUGUCCAUGGAGCUAAAGCCACCAUGGAUAGAAAGAAGCUUUCUCUUGAAGCUUUAUGCACGUAUUCAGUUGCCAAGUUUGUACUCAAGGCAUUUGGUUGUAAGGUAGGUGCUGCUACAGCAGUGAGAGUUCUUUCAAACACAACAAUGGCUUUCUCAAAUGUGGUUGGCCCUUCUGAAGAAAUUAGUUUUUAUGGCCAUCCUAUUGCUUAUAUUGCUCCAUCUGUUUAUGGGCAUCCACAGGCAUUGACAAUCCAUUUCCAGAGCUAUGUGAAUAAGAUGUCUGUUGUUAUAGCUGCUGAUCCAGAUGUGAUUCCUCAUCCUCACCAGAUUUGCGAGGAUGUUGAUGAAUCUCUCCAAAUCAUAAAGAAGGCUGCUCUAGAUGCAGGAAGAACAAAUCUCAGUGAUCUUGUCUAAUCAUAUAUAUGUAUUUGUUAACUUUAAAAUUGUGAUGUUUGGUUAUCCGUAAUCACAUCUGGAAAACAGAGCAACCAAAAAAGGCUUGAAUAUAAUUGGAUAUCAGAGGAAAUUUAGAAAAAUGCUGUAACAAAUUCAGGAAGAUUUGUUUUACAAAUUGUGUUGCAUUCAUGUACUUCACUCAAGUGCUUUUAUAUGGAAGGAUUGAAACAAGCAUCUGUAGAAGGAUUUGCUUUUCAUUAAACAUAAGAUGAACAAGUA